AUGUACAUAUUUCGAUGGACAUUUAUGCUUCUCACGUUAUGCGGUUGUCUGCCACCAGCUUCUUGGACCUCUCCGUUCAAAAAGUUCUUGUACAAUAUCUACACGAUUUUUCUGGUGUUUCUAGUGCACAGCCUCGUAUUAACCCAAAUUCUGGACAUAGUGUUCAACUGCGAGAACCAGGACGACUUCAGCGACAAUUUCUACUUGACGGUGGGGGUGUUUGUUUCCUGUUGUAAAAUGUGCAAUUUGUUAACCAGCCACAAAAAUUACGCAAUUCUGAUAGAAACGCUCCAAGAGGAGCCUCUGACGCCCGUGAACAACGACGAGGUCGAGAUUCAAACGAGAUUCGAGAAGUGGGCACAGAGGAACGCGAUUGUCUACAUAGUGGUAAUAGAAUGUUGUUUAGGAUGCAUGGUCGCGACGUCUGUUUCUUCAGAUUUCAAAACGAGACAGUUAACAUAUCGAGCCUGGAUACCGUACAACUACACCUCGCUGCCUGCGUUCUCUAUCACUUACGCCCAUCAAAUGCUAAGUAUGACGAUCUGCACGUUCCUGAACAUUACCUGCGACAAUCUAUUCAGCAGUUUCAUGAUCCACACUUACUGCGUCUUCGAGAUACUCGAAUAUCGUCUGAAGAAUAUCGUGAAACAUGGAAAUGAAUCAGCUAAACAAUGUGCUCGUCUUCAUAACCAUAUAUACAAAUUUGCCACGAUGGUGAACGAGGAAUUUAAGACGAUAGUGUUUUUUCAAUUUCUGGUGAGCAUGGCGAUGUGUUGCUUCGACCUUUAUCGGCUCGACCAAAACGGAACGGAGUCGAAAUUUAUGGAAAUGAUGGUGUACGCGGUGUGCACGCUUAUGCAGAUACUGUAUUAUUGUUGGUAUGGCAACGAGGUGAAACUGAAGAGCCUCGAAAUUCCCGAUGUAAUACUCGAAUGUAACUGGCCAGCUUUGGACAACGACGCUAAGAAGAUACUACUUAUGAUGAUGAAACGUGCGACGGUGCCUAUCGAGUUUUCCAGCGUGCACGUCAUCUCCAUGAAUCUCGAAUCUUUCAAAACAAUAGUAAAAACAUCUUACUCGGUAUUUAACGUACUCCGCCAACGUCGAGAGAACUAG